CUGUAUUACUGGAAUGUGAUGGGAACAUUUCCAAUAACUCGGUCAAGACAGAAAAACUGUCAGAAAGGUUGUAGCAUUACUACACUGUAGUUACUUUUGGUGACACUGUCCAUUUCCCACCAUGUAUCAUUCCUUAUCUGAAACUAGACAUCCUCUGCAGGCAGAAGAGCAAGAAGUAGGCAUUGACCCCUUGUCCACUUUCUCAAACAAGUCUGGAGGAGAUUCAAAUAAAAAUGGAAGAACAAGUUCUACCUUAGACUCUGAAGGGACUUUUAAUUCAUAUAGGAAAGAAUGGGAAGAACUAUUUGUAAACAACAAUUACUUGGCAACAAUAAGGCAGAAGGGGAUUAAUGGGCAGCUGAGAAGCAGCAGGUUCCGCAGCAUUUGCUGGAAGCUGUUUCUUUGUGUUCUUCCUCAAGAUAAAAGUCAGUGGAUAAGCAGAAUUAAAGAAUUAAGAUUAUGGUAUAGCAACAUUAAAGAAAUACAUAUCACAAACCCCAGGAAGGUCGUGGGGCAGCAAGAUUUGAUGAUCAACAAUCCCCUUUCACAGGAUGAAGGGAGUCUUUGGAACAAAUUUUUCCAAGAUAAAGAACUUCGAUCAAUGAUUGAACAAGAUGUCAAAAGAACGUUUCCUGAAAUGCAGUUUUUCCAACAAGAAAAUGUGAGAAAAAUUCUUACAGAUGUUCUUUUCUGUUAUGCUAGAGAAAAUGAGCAGUUACUUUAUAAACAGGGAAUGCAUGAGCUACUAGCACCUAUAGUCUUUAUCCUUCAUUGUGACCACCAAGCUUUUCUACAUGCCAGUGAGUCUGCACAGCCCAGUGAGGAAAUGAAAACUCUCCUGAACCCUGAAUAUCUGGAACACGAUGCCUAUGCGAUGUUCUCACAGCUUAUGGAAACUGCUGAACCUUGGUUUUCUACUUUUGAACAUGAUAGUCAAAAGGGGAGAGAAACUCUGAUGACUCCCAUCCCCUUUGCUAGACCACAGGAUUUAGGACCAACAAUUGCUAUUGUUACUAAAGUCAACCAGAUCCAGGAUCAUCUACUGAAGAAGCAUGAUAUUGAGCUCUACAUGCACUUGAACAGACUAGAAAUUGCACCACAGAUAUAUGGGUUACGGUGGGUUCGGCUACUGUUUGGAAGGGAGUUCCCUCUGCAGGACCUGCUUGUGGUUUGGGAUGCCUUAUUUGCAGAUGGCCUUAGCCUGAGUUUAGUUGACUAUAUCUUCAUAGCCAUGCUACUCUACAUCCGAGAUGCUUUGAUCUCUAGUAACUACCAGACCUGUCUUGGCCUUCUGAUGCAUUACCCAGUCAUCGGGGAUAUACACUCACUGAUUCUUAAGGCUCUGUUCCUUAGAGACCCAAAGAGAAAUCCAAGACCAGUGACUUACCAGUUUCAUCCCAAUUUAGAUUAUUACAAAGCACGGGGAGCAGACCUUAUGAAUAAAAGCCGGACUAACCCCAAAGGCACUCCUCUGAAUAUAAAUAAGGUCUCUAAUAGCCUGAUUAAUUUUGGAAGAAAGUUGAUUUCCCCAGCAAUGGCCCCAGGCAGUAUGAGUGGCCCUUUACCUGGGGGCAACAGCAGCUCUUCUUCUGCUGUGAUUCCCACCAAGACCUCCACAGAAGGCCCAAGGCAUCAUCAUCUGCAGCAGCAGCAGCAGCAGCAGCAGCAGCAGCAGCAGCAGCAACAGCAGCAGCAACAGCAGCAGCAGAGGCUGAUGAAAUCUGAAAGCAUGCCAGUGCAAUUGAACAAAGGAGAUGUAGUUACAGGAAGCGGUGCUCAGGUCUCUGUUCCUGCCCAGACUCUAACUGACCUCCAAGGACAGAGUUCUAAAAACAUCAGUUCAUCUCCAAGCAUUGAAAGUUUGCCUGGGGGAAGAGAAUUUACAGGCUCUCCACCUUCAUCUGCUACUAAAAAAGAUUCUUUUUUUAGCAACAUCUCACGUUCCCGCUCACACAGCAAAACUAUGGGCCGAAAAGAAUCUGAAGAAGAAUUAGAAGCCCAGAUUUCCUUCCUUCAAGGACAGUUGAAUGACCUGGAUGCCAUGUGCAAAUACUGUGCUAAGGUGAUGGACACGCAUCUUGGAAAUAUUCAAGAUGUGAUUUUACAAGAAAAUUUGGAAAAAGAAGACCAAAUUCUGGUGUCCCUGGCAGGAUUGAAACAGAUCAAAGACAUUCUAAAAGGGUCCCUGCGUUUCAACCAAAGCCAGCUGGAAGCUGAAGAGAAUGAGCAGAUUACCAUCGCAGACGACCACUAUUGCUCCAGUGGCCAGGGACACAGCAGCCAAGUUCCCGUGGCAACCAGAAAGGCCUCUUCAGAAGCAACAGGGUGCAAAGACAAAGGGAGUUCAGAUGACUUCAUCUUGGUUUCUAAGGAAGAUGAGGGAGGCGCUGCCAGGGGACCCUUCUUGGGCCAGGCCCAGCCUCUUCGCACCCUCAGAAGUACAUCUGUGAAAAGCCAGAUCCCAGCCUGCUCCCCUUUGGUGUUUUCUGACCCACUGAUGGGUCCAGCUUCGGCUUCCUCCAGCAACCCCAGCUCCAGCCCCGAUGACGACAGCAGCAAGGACUCUGGCUUCACCAUUGUGAGCCCUUUGGAUAUCUGACCACGAGGACCCAGCCACCCCCUCGGUGACCUCAAGGCUUUCCCGAUGGAGACUCUUCUGAAGUCGGCACUUCUUUCCCAGCAUGCAUUUGGCAUUGGUUGCAGCCCUUUAGAACCCAUUUGAGAGAAGCAAAUAUGGCCACAGAAUACACGGAACUAGUGUGUUCACCAAAAUGUAGGCAGAGCUUUCUGGGUCCUCACUUGACCCACACAUUGCCCUUGCUCUGAACUGGAGCUGGGUUCAGUACUCAGCACCACACUCACUACCAGAUAACCCCACACUCAGUACCACUCUUCCGUUCCCUCCUGCCCAACUAAAAGGGUCUGACAGCCCCUUCAGUCAGUUAGACAUAGAGGAGAAGACAGUUUCAAAUCUUCCCUCCCUCAGCACAUCAGCCACAGAAAAAUUGGUCAGGGUCAAGAAAAAAUUACUGAGUGAAAAUAUAUCUCAAACAACUUCUUCCCUGUCUUGGGAAGCCGCAUAGUAGAACCAAGUACAACAGGAUCAACUAGAGUGAGUAGAUUCCACGGCUAGGAAAAACCCGUUACUGACUUCUCAAAGUUAUAAUGAUCUUUAGAAAAAGGGUCUAAACUUAGGGGUCAUACUUAGGUAUGAUUUGGUGUUAUAUUCUUUUCGUUUUUUAAGGAAUAUAUUUACAGUCCUCAGGCUUGAAUAUACUUUGACCAUUACCAUUUCUUCUAAAAUAAUUGCAUUUCAUCUUUUAGACGCUUCCCUAGCCAGAAAAAGGGUCACUUAAAGCCAGUCUUGGCUGCACUGAUUUCAGAAGUUACAAGAAUAUUACAUCCCGAACUUAGAUUAUGGGAUGAACAACUUUCAAACGAUCAAUUUUCUGGUAAAUACAGCUCUGAAACUAGAGACACUUUAUCUGUUAAGUGAGGAGUAAAGGGAAAUGCCCAUGCUGGAUCCCGUCAUGGCCUUGAGGUCGCAGGGACAGGGAAUUACACUGAGUCCCUCCUGGGGAGGCAGGCCUUCCUAGAGAACAUUCCAGGUGCCCAGAGGACGCAGGGCUUCCGCACAGCCCUUUCCCUGCGGAGAUGCAGUUAGGAGCCGCAGGUUCUGCGCUCAGCUGUGCACUCUGCUUCUCAGGCACCCCCGCCAGGACCAGGUCAGAUCUGCGGUGCCUUCCUCAGCCUCAGCACAGAUGGCAGGCUUGCCCCUCCUCAGCUGGCAGCUUAGGAAGCCCUGAUGGGCACAAAGCAGCACAUGAGCCGUUUCUCUCCUUAAAGGAGGAAGGCUUUGGAAAGGGCACUUCUCGCCUCCGCCUAGGCAGGCACGGGGAGGGGCACUCAUGAGCACAGGGCACAUGUCAUCUCCUUCUGGGGGCUGUGGCCCUUGCAGGGAGGACUGUGUCUCUGGGCUCUUAGAGGGUGGUGGGGCCUCUGAGCAGCGGUACUGUUCGUGGUAACUGAAAGUGAAAGCUAAGUGUGAAAGAGUGUUUAUGCCCACCCACCGCUCACCAUGCACGGCUCUGCAGACCGAUGCGAUAGUGACAUCAUUUCCCGCUAGAUCUCCAAGAAAAUGGGAUGGCUCUCAAGUCAACUACUGCAGAGUAGGUUCUGAUUGGCUCUACAAUCUGUUCUUAAACUCCGGCAGAGAAAUCUCUCACUGCAUCACUGUAUUAAGGUGAAUAACUGCUGGUUUUGCCAGCUACCAGCGUUGUCUGGCCUCCCCCAGUUGGGCAGUUGCUUGGCAGGUGCACUGAUCUCUCUCUGGCGUCUGCACCUCUGAGUAAGAUAUUGCCAAUACAGGUGCCCGUGACAACUCUUUGUAAGCUCCAGGGUCCCCAUGCUGUGAGUGCCCUUGUACCAGUGCAGAUGGCGGCACAGUCACUUUCUCACAAAGGAUUUGCCUUCGGAAGGGGUCUGUGUUCCUGGUGCUGUGAGGUGUGGAUCUGUCCUGCCAGGGACCUUGGACAGAAACCAUAAAGGACCACAAAACUGGCUCUCCUUAAAGCUAAACCACUAUCAUCUGCUCCAGCAGCAGCUAUGCCCCAAGAGCUAAUACAAGACCUGAGUGUCAGCGCCAUCCACCAGGCUAAGAAGGCUGAAGUUCCUUGCCAUUGGCUGGGCAUUUAGUAGUUAACCAAAAAAUUCCCAGCCCUGUGUAUAUGCCAGGGCCUCUUCUUUCUGUGCUAUGCCACAUGAGAACUGAGGGGUUCACUCAGAGGUGUUACUUCUAGCCCCCUGAUAAUCCUAGCCCCUCAGAGAAAGAACUUGGGAGGGGACUGGGGCAUGGGUAUAUCAGCUCCAGCCUCAUAGAGUUAGAGCACUGUAUAUUGAGUUUUUUUUGGUUUUUGGUUUUUUGUUCAUUUGUUUUUGAGACAGGGUCUCGCUAUGCAGUUCAGGCUGAACUUGA